AUGAAAACUGAAAUUAGCAAGAUAAAAGUGAAACACAAAGACAUUAUACAGAAACAUCUGGAUGAAAUCACACAGGUUCAGUCUCUCACAAAACAAACAUAUCUGGACUUGAAAGAAAUUGAGAAAUCUACAGAAGAAUCUCCUACCAUUGAAUACUGCUCUAAGAAAAAAGAGUUCAGCAAGCUUCCACCCAAGGUUCAGGCAUCACUGCCAACAUUUAUUAAAAAACCAAUAGACCACGACAAGCUUUAUAGUUUGUUUGGACAGAUCAACCCAUUAUCUACUGUUACCAAAGAUGUUUUGUCAUUUACCCAAUCCAACACUUCAGUGAGAGAGCUAUUGGAUGAACCAGAGCUUGUUGUCACAAUACAGACUGGGUAUGAAUGA